UGGAGGUAAGCCCCUCCUCUUUGGAGGUGCUCCAGUCUGCAGCAAUACAUACUUGGGGAUUUGGCAGAAAAACGCCAACCGGGCAACCCUGCCUGUAAGAGACUUCAAAGCCCUCGAUUUAAAAAAAUGUAAAUGAGUUAUUUUACUGCAGAAAAAAAGGGUUUUGUAUCGCCUACACCUGUAGCCGUUAACGUAAUAAGGCAUUUUAAGUGGUUAAACUAAGUUUUGUUGGUAGUGUAAUGACUCCUUCAUACACUGAGGCGGCGCUGUGAGAGACUGCAGUGGUGAGUCGGCGCAGCGCCAGAGAGAGAUGUACACAAACGUUUUGAAAGCAGUGGCGGGCAGGAGUGCUAAAACUGGGUGAAAUCAGGCUUUUACACGAGUUAUAUUACAUGACACGUAUAGUCAUCAUUGCGGCGUUUGAGGUAACGAGGAAAAGCCCAUAACGCCACCUAUAAAAUACAGAGGAAUAAUUUUCUAACGGGGAAUAAAUUACUGUUCUACAACUGGCGCCGUAGCGUUAACAAGCUAGUUAGCGUUAGCUUAGCUGUUUGAUAACUAUUAGUUACAACAGACAGCUGAUAGUUGUAACCAGAUAACUUAUUACAUAGAGAGAAGUUUACCGCUGUAUACGGCCGAUCUGCAUCUGAUAUAUUAACUAGUUACUGCUAAGUAGAUAAACAAGUGCUAGUUUAAGUGCUGUAGUUACCUAGCAACAUCUGAUAUUAGCCAGGAUUCGACUAACCUAACCGCUAGGUUAAAUAACCUAGUUAUGAAUUAGGUGAACACAGACACAAACACACAUUUAAUAUGUGCCCACAUAUACCAAUAUAAUACCUUCUACUCGCCAUUAGAGCCUAACUGAAUAUUUAGUCCUUUUCGGAUGUAAAGGUCGACUCUCAGGGAUCAGUCAUGCCCUCUGAGCCGAUCCGUGUGGGUCGGAAGCGGCCUCUGUCCUCCUGUCCAAACCCUCUUUUCCUCAGCUGGCUGACUGAAAUGCGCGACCACGCCAAAGAGAAGGGGCAGAAGACGCAGUACGUGUAUCAGAAGGCUAUCAACUCUCUGAAGAAGUAUCCUCUACCUCUCAAAAACGGUAAAGAAGCGAAGAUCCUACAGAACUUUGGAGACGGUAUCUGUAAGAUCCUGGAUGAGCGGCUUCAGAAGUAUUACAAAGAAAACGGUGUCAAUGCCCCUGUCCAUUCUCUUCCAAGUGGUUUUGCUCCAGCUCAGCCCUGCAGUAACAACCUGGCUCCCCCCAAAUCCUCUUCAGCCUGCUCCAAAGGUCCUUCCCGAGAGGUUGGUACAAAUGUGAAAAAUGCAGAAGACCGUUCAGGAACUGCAAAAGGAGGAAAGAAGAAGAAAAGAGACUAUGUGCCUCAGAAGAGAUCUGGGGGCUAUGCUGUUCUGGUCACACUGUACAGACACUCACAGAUACCUGGCAGUAAAGGCUUCAUGUUUAAAAAUGAACUGCAGACAGAGGCUCAGUCCCUUUGUGACAAAUCCUUCACUGUGCCUGAUCUAGGUAGUAAAUACACAGCAUGGUCCUCAGUAAGCACCCUCAUUCAGAAAGACCUGCUUCUGAAGACACACAACCCUGCUAGAUAUUCAUUGACUGAGCUGGGUCUGGCUCUAGCUGAGAAACUUGAAUCUGGAGAAAGGGGCAGAGACGAUAGAGAAGUGGAGGAAAGGAAGAGUGGGCAUGAGGACUCUGGGGACGGACCAGUAACUGUUGACCUGACUUUAGAUGAGGAUAAAGAAGAUAAUAAUGAUAAUGAUGGUGUUGAAAGUGAAGAUGGCUGCUCAUUGAGGGUAGGGCCUACCAUUGCCACCUCAGAAACCUGGGCACAAUGUGCUGCACCUGUUUCAAGUCUAUCAGAUAUCUCUAGAGAAGCAUACCUUCUGCCUGGUUUAUAUGAUAUUGUACUCUGUGUUGACUUUAUUGAGACCACUGGAGGAAACACUGCUCGUAAACAAGAACUGGUCAAAGAGCUGCAGAGGAAUGGAGUUAUGUUUGACAUCAGAAAACUAAAUGUGGGAGACUUCCUGUGGGUUGCUCGCGAGAAAGUGACACCUGUACCUGGUCAGUUGCGUCCCCCUGUGGCCAAGGAGCUGGUCCUGGAUUACAUCAUUGAGAGGAAAAGGAUAGAUGACCUCUGUGGCAGUAUCAUGGAUGGACGCUUCAGAGAGCAGAAGUUCCGGCUGAAGAGGUGUGGACUGCAUAAGCCUAUAUAUCUGGUAGAGGAGUGUGGGUCUGCAGGAGCUCACCUGAGUCUACCAGAGAGCACUUUAAAACAGGCAAUAGUUAACACUCAGGUUGUGGAUGGCUUCUUUGUGAAGAGAGUUCAGGAUGUUAAAGAGUCAGCUGCCUACCUCACAGUCAUGACCAGAUACCUGCAAAAACUUUACCAGAAUUGCACAUUGUUCUGUCGCUCCAGAGAACUGGAGGAAAAUGAAGAGGGUGACCUGGAGAGUGAAGCCACAAUGAGAGAAAAUCCCAACUGCAACCUCGUCUCUUUCACAGAGUUCAACUGCGGAGCUGUAAAAAACAAGUGUCAGACAGUUAGGGAUGUGUUUGCCAGGCAGCUGAUGCAGAUCAGUGGAAUCUCUGGCGAUAAAGCUGCUGCUAUAUUGGAACACUACAGUACAGUGAGCAGUUUGUUGAAAGCGUAUGCCCAGUGUACCUCUGAAGCAGAGGGAGAAAAGCUCCUGUCUUCCAUCAAAUAUGGAAAACUCAAAAGAAAUCUUGGGCCAGCUUUGAGCCGUACUGUUUACCAGCUUUACUCUACACGAGGACCCUUGUCGUGACCACACACACACACACACAGCAUCCUUAGUCACAGUGGCCAGAACUGCAAUGCAGUGCACUGCUUUAGCUGCUCUACUCAAUUUUUUUGAGGAUUUGUAUUUUCAAAGUAUUUGAGAAAAAUAAAGAUUUGAGUUUCGCUU